AGAUUUUUUUGUUAACCUAUUCGCUCACCUGUAGAGUGUAGAAGUGUAGAUGUUAUGCACCCUUACUAAAUAACCAUAACCUUGAUAGCCGGUUUCUCGUUAAUAUCAUACUUAUAUGUGUUCGUCGCACUAAGUAAACCGCAUGGAAAUCUACCUAAAAUUAUCCCAUUAGUAAACAUCUUCCGGAUACAGUGGAAACACGAUCUCUUUGUAAUAUGUGCUUAGCUAACGAGUAACGUGUGAUUUGUAUAGCAGUUUUAUAUGUUUUCUCAUAUCUAAGUGAUUUUUUUGCACUAAAAGUUCUCAAUUUGGUUGAAUAUAAAUUUUGGCAGAUAUUCAUCCAAUUAGUAUGCGCUACGUAGCAUUCGCAUUCGUAUCAUGGCUGGUGAUCGGAACAGCAUUAUCAGCCAACGUGGAUUUUUCAAAGGCAUAUGACGAGAAAGUUUGCAAUAACGAGCCUUCGUGUAAUCUCAUCAAUGAACCGAAUUUGACAGAGGACCGUCGUACUUUGUGGAAAAGAGAUUGUAUGUGCGAUUCCGAAUGCGUUAAAUAUGGCGAUUGCUGCGCAGAUUCUGAAUUCUAUAACGCAGUCAAUGGAAGCAGAACACUUUACACUUGUUCGUCGAGUUCACGAAUGUACAUGUUAACGAAUUGUCCUGACGGGUACGCAGAUCAAGAAAUGGUAUCAAAAUGUCAAGCUUCUACACAACCUUCCACCGGUGACAAUUUCCUAAUUCGACCAGCAACAAACCUGAACACCCAUACCACCUAUGGAAACGCUUAUUGCGCCAUCUGCCACGAUGACGCUAUCGAUAUCGUUCUGUGGAGUCUCACCGCAAGAUGUGGAGAAGCUCCGGCCGGAUCCGACUCUCAAAACCGAAUUUCAUCCACUUCCGGAAACACUAACCAAGUUUCUACUCCACCGAAAAAUUCCAAACCACCUUCCGCCGAAUCGUUUGAAAAUAAUAAAGUUUCCACUCCUUCGAAAAAUUCAAUACCUGCAUCGACUCCAACGCCUGAAAACAUCGAUAAGGUUACUUCAACUACGAAGAAACCUUCGUUAUUCCCAUCAAUUAGUAUCAAUAAGCAAGGCGUCGAGAUUUCAGCUUUAGGUCACACUUUUAAACCUAGUUUGAAACCUAAUUUUUUCGGCAGAAAUAAACGUCAGGCAACUGGUAGUGGUAUAGAUUACAAUAGAUAUCAAAAAGAUUUGAAUAAUAUUUUAGAAUACGUCCGUUACGAUAAUAAUACGAAACGUUUCGUGAGCCAAUACAACGGUAAAAAUUUCGUUUGCGAAUUUUCAACUCUAGCGCCUAAAAAUUUCAACCUAAAUGUGCACGCGAGGAAAUGUGUUCCUAACUUGAUAUCAUCUUGUCCGACAAACACUGAUAAAGAAACUGCUGCUAAAUGUUUAGCGAAUACCGCCAUCAUAUACAAUGAAAAAAAGAAAACAGUUUAUAAAAACAGAGAAUGUGCUAAAUGCAAUAACGAAUUGGAAACCGAAUUGUCGGGAUGUCCGCCAGCUGAACGAGCCACUGGUAGUUCACUUUUCAGCACCGCUGAUAAAGGAUCUGCACCACCCUGCGAUAAACCAGAAUUUAAAAGCACACCCAUGUGCACAAGUUAGACGUGAUGUGUGUAUUUCUAUCAAGAUAUAUCAUAUCUAAGGACCUUUUUUAUUCUUUGAAGAAUGUAGUAUGCAGUUUAUUCUAUGUAUAAUAAAUUAUCAUUAAGAA